UGCAUUUGUUGAAAGGCACGUAGCUCUGCGGCAUUCGAGCAGCCUUUCCACCGAGGAGCGGGACCCGGAGCCUCGCAGCGACCUGCAGCAGCGCCCGGCAAGCACACAUCCCAACGCAAGAAACUACUGCGCUUCAUUCGCACUUGUACUGCACAGCUCCACCCUCUCUGAAGAUGCCGCACCAGUACCCAGCCCUGAGCCCCGAGCAGAAGAAGGAGCUGUCGGACAUUGCCCAGCAAAUCAUCGCUCCUGGCAAGGGCAUCCUCGCCGCCGAUGAGUCCGUGGGGAGCAUGGCGAAGCGUCUCAACCAGAUUGGCGUGGAGAACACCGAGGAGAACCGCCGUCUGUACCGCCAGCUGCUCUUCAGCGCCGACGAGCGAAUCAACAGCUGCAUCGGUGGAGUGAUCUUCUUCCACGAGACGCUGUACCAGAGCAACGACGACGGGACCCCCUUCGUCCAGAUGAUCAAGGACAAGGGCAUCCUCGUGGGCAUCAAGGUUGAUAAGGGUGUUGUCCCUCUGGCAGGAACCAAUGGAGAGACCACAACCCAGGGUCUGGACGGCCUGUCCGAGCGCUGUGCCCAGUACAAGAAGGACGGGGCUGACUUUGCGAAGUGGCGCUGUGUUCUGAAGAUCAGCGAGACCACACCCUCCGAGCUGUCCAUCCUGGAGAACGCCAACGUCCUGGCGCGCUACGCCAGCAUCUGCCAGCAGAAUGGAAUUGUUCCCAUCGUGGAGCCGGAGAUUCUUCCUGAUGGAGAGCAUGACCUGAAACGCUGCCAGUACAUCACUGAGAAGGUCCUGGCUGCAGUGUACAAGGCUCUAAGUGACCACCACGUCUACCUGGAAGGCACGCUGCUGAAGCCCAACAUGGUCACCGCCGGGCACGCCUGCCCCUCCAAGUACACGGCCGAGGAGAUCGCCAUGGCUACCGUCACGGCGCUGCGCCGCACUGUCCCCCCUGCUGUUGCCGGCAUCACCUUCCUGUCGGGCGGGCAGAGCGAGGAGGAGGCCUCCCUCAACCUGAACGCCAUCAACAACUGCCCGCUGGGGAGGCCCUGGGCCCUGACCUUCUCGUAUGGACGCGCCCUGCAGGCCUCCGCGCUCAACGCCUGGCGCGGCCAGAAGGACAACGAGAGCGCCGCCACGGAGGAGUUCAUCAAGCGUGCCGAGGUGAACAGCUUGGCAGCACAGGGCAAGUACGAGGCCAGCGGAGAGGGGAGCGGAGCCGCCUCCCAGUCCCUCUACGUGGCCAAUCACGCCUACUGAGCACUGGGCGCCGCCCACAUUCCAGCUUCAAGCCCACCAAUAGGAUCUUCCACCGCUGCUACCUUCCAUGUCACCAACCUAUCACAGGCCUGCGCUGUCUUCUGUACUUUAGGAGUAAUUAUAAAAAAAUAAAAGAUUGUAGUAAUAAAUCUGGUAUGUGUACAGUAAAAGAAACUGGCUUCUCGGAAGAGCGAAUGAAAGCUGAAAGGUGUGUGUGUGUGCGGGUGUGCUGAUGAGAGUGAUGCAGGUAUAGUGUGGUGCUGUGCGGUGCGUGAAGGGAGCAGGCAGGUUUGUAAUAAAGAGCCAGUAUCUGAGACCGACUGCCAGAAAGAAACAGGACAAAGAGCCUUUGGAAGCCUGUUUUGUUAGACCCUGGCACUGAGAGGUGAAACCAGCCUUCACACAAGAAUGAUGUCAGUCCUGUUCAGUGUUGUGUUUGUCAUCCUUUUUCAUUUAGUUGGCAAAAUCUAGAACCUCGUUAUCCCGUCUCCUCUGAAACACGGGGAGAACGCAACAGUACAAACGGUGGCCACACAGCCUAGCCUGGGUACUGCUGGGUUUGAAGCAAAGGGAACACCGAAUGCCUGUCUGUCCGUGUCUGUCUGUCUGUCUGGAUGCAUUCAACUGCGACAGCUCUGAGGGUAUAAUUACAAUAGAAAGGUCGCUCUAAAUACCACACUAGUGUCUCACCGUUCCAAACCUAACUGGGAAUGUGCGUUGAAGUCAGAUUUAUUUUAACAAAAAAAUAACUUGCAAUUGUGUGUGAAAAUGUAGCUUUAACCAUGCUGCUUGUGUGUCUUUCCCCCUCCUCCCCUCCGGUGAGGCGCAGUGGUACAGGCUCUGUGUGAUAAUCUGUUGUGUGUGUGUGUGAUGAAACGCUGCACAGCGGCUCAGAUUUUAGGGGAACAGUAGCUGCUGCAUGGGGGGAGAAAAAAAAAAAAAGUAUUUUUGUGAUAGUAGUGUUGUUAUCUAUGCACCUGAUGUACCAAAUAGUGAAGGAAAAUUAAACGUGUAGAACCAAACGCUAA